AUGCUGUUCCCACAAAUCAACCUUUGGGCAAAAGAUGAUUCAUGUAUACAAACUACACAGCAUCCAUUGUCGAAUCAAGCAGUAAAUCAACCAAUGAAGCUUGCUGACUGUACUAAAAAGCUUUUACAGCAACCACCGGUCUUAACGCCAGGUGAAUUGCACGAUGCUAUCGUUUACACUAUAGAGGCACUUUCAAAGGACUCGAGUGAAAAUACCAUGGUUCCCAUUGCAUGUUUCUUCACAGCGCUCAGGGCCACAGGGCUUGAUCACAAGGCAGAAUACAUUGCAUCCGCUGCAUCGGCAGUUCUUCAGUUCUCGUCUGUCGUCGAUUCUUCACAAUUGUUAAAAGCAUCAACUAAUGAUGAGAUAUCCAUCAUAGAUAUCGUCGGAACGGGCGGGGACGGCCAGAAUACGUUCAACGUAUCCACCUCGUCUGCCAUUGUGGCUUCUGGUAUUCCUGGGAUCAAGGUGUGCAAGCAUGGUGGGAAAGCGUCGACGUCGAACUCCGGCGCUGGUGACUUGAUUAACGUUUUAGGAUGCGACUCAUCAAAAGUUACUGCAUCGACACUGCCCCAAAUUUGGAACGAUAACUCGUUUACCUUCUUGUUGGCUCCAUACUUUCACGACGGUAUGAAACAUGUAGCGUUGCUACGGAAAUUGAUGGGGAUUCCUACCAUUUUCAACGUCUUAGGACCGCUCUUACAUCCAGUGUCUCAUGUGCAGAAACGCGUCCUUGGCGUUUUCUCUAAACAACUAGCUCCAGAAUACGCAAAGGCUGCAAAGAUUAUCUAUCCAUCUAGCGAAACUUUUGUUGUAUUCGGAGAAGUUGGGCUUGAUGAAGUGUCGCCCAUUGGCGAUACUCUUGUCUGGCAUGUCAAGCCAAGUGAAGAGGAAAUCGAAGUUUUCCGCGUGAAUCCAUCUGAUUUCGGACUACAGGAACAUCCUCUCUCGGAGUGUCCAUCGCUGGGACCUCACAAAAAUGCAGAUAUUCUCUACCAACAGAUACUAGCGGGUAAAUUCAAGAAAGGUGAUAAUUCUAUCUACGAUUAUAUUCUGCUCAACACUGCGCUGUUGUACUGUUUAAGUAGCGGCACCAAAGAUUGGAAAUCAGGUGUCCAAGCGGCUGAACAAAGUAUCCACUCAGGAGCAGCAAAGAGAUCACUAGACCAUUUUGUUCAGUCUGUGGCUGCUUUAUAA